AUGGGCUCUAUCGCCAGAGAUGAAGAUGUAGCAGUAGCCUGCCCGCAACUAACUGGAGAUGUGAUUCCUAGCCCACUUAAGAUAUUUGAUGCUGCGAGGAGGCAGGACCGGUUUUUGUAUGCCUGUGCGCCGAUGGUGCGCUACAGCAAGCUCGCCUUUCGCCAAACUGUUCACAAAUAUGGCGUUGACUUAUGCUGGACGCCCAUGAUUCUGGCCAAGGAAUUCAACAGGAAUCAGUUUGCCAGAGACAGCGGCAUCCAACCUCCCACCGUUGUCCAGUUCGGCGCCAACGACCCCCAGGAACUCGCCCGCGCGUCCACCCUCGUCGCGCCCUUCGUCUCGGGCGUCGAUCUCAACUGCGGAUGCCCUCAAUCGUGGGCCUGUGCCGAGACGCUCGGCGCGGCGCUCAUGAAUGAGAGAGAGCGGGUGCGUGACAUGGUCGUCGAGACGAGGCAGCAUCUAGAGAGGGAUGGAUGGGGCGUCAAGAUGGAGGACGACAUGCACAGUCCGAAAGGACGCAGCGUGAGCGUCAAGAUACGAGUUCAUGAUGAUUUAAGGAGAACAAUGGACUUCCUCGAUACAGUCAUCGGACCCCCCCAGAACCGCCUCGUCGACUGGGUCACCAUCCACCCUCGAACACGCCACACACCCUCCACCACGCCCAUCCGCACCGAAGCCCUCGAGAUUCUCACCGAAAAGUACUCCCGCACACUCCCCAUCCUCCUCUCCGGCGACGUCUUCGACCUCGCAACCCUUCCCAUCAAGUCCACCACCAGCAUCCCCGACCUCGCAACUCUCACCGUGAAAGAAGACCCCCAGGAUACAUGUGCUUCCGCCACAACACAGCCAAGACCCAGCAACACGAACCUCUCCGGCUUCAUGUCCGCCCGCGGGCUCCUUGCCAACCCGGCCCUCUUCGCCGGCCACUUGUCCUGCCCCUGGGAAACGCUCGAGACGUUCAUGUGCAACGUCGCGCGCUGUCCGCUGCCCCUAAAGCUGGUGGUGCAUCACGUACAGGAGAUGUGCGCGCCUGGAAUGGGCGGCGACAAGUCUGCGCUGCUGAACAAGAAGGAGAGGGCGAGGUUGGUGGAGUUUACGAAUAUGGCGGAUUUGAUUGACUUCUUGGAUGAGAAGAUUGAGGAGUAUACGGGGCAGAAAGGAGGAAUGAGAAGAGACUUGUAG